AAGUGGUUUUGGAGAGUUACCCAUUAGUGAAAAGCUGUUGUAGAACCAAAAGCAAUGAAUCUCCGGCCAAGGCCACAGUUCACGCGCGGUAGUGGUUCUGAUGACGCGCCGCCGCGGCAGCAGCAACCUCGAGUCGAGCCAUUCAACAUUAUACCCAUCAAUAAUUUGUUGGCUGACCAUCCUUCUUUGAGGUAUCCAGAAGUGCGUGCUGCUUCAGCUGCUCUACGCGACGUUGGGGAUCUCCGGCUGCCGCCGUUCAUGCCAUGGCGUGACACCAUGGACCUCAUGGACUGGCUUGGGCUCUUCUUUGGGUUCCAAGAUGAUAACGUGAAGAAUCAAAGGGAAAACUUGGUUCUCCAGUUGGCUAACUCUCAAAUGCGCCUUCAUCCACCUCCUUCGUCCCCGGACCGCCUUGACUAUGGUGUUCUCCGGCAGUUCCGGCAGAAGCUAUUGAAAAAUUACUCAUCUUGGUGUUCAUAUCUUGCGAAGAAGUCACAGGUUCGACUACCGAGACGCCAAAAUCCUGAAAUUUCUCGUCGUGAACUCUUGUAUGUAUGCCUGUAUUUAUUGAUUUGGGGUGAGGCUGCAAAUCUCCGUUUUACUCCUGAAUGUUUGUGUUAUAUUUAUCAUCAUAUGGCUAUGGAACUAAAUUACAUUCUUGAUGGUCACAUUGAUGAGAAUACUGGACACCCUUUUGUUCCUUACACUUGUAAGCAAUUUGGUUUCUUGGAUAAAGUUGUCACUCCCAUUUAUAUGACAAUUAAAGGUGAAGUUGAGAGGAGUAGAUAUGGCACUGCCCCUCAUUCAGCUUGGAGGAAUUAUGAUGAUAUUAAUGAAUUCUUUUGGAGUAGGAAGUGUUUUCGGAGGCUGAAAUGGCCGCUUGACUUGUCAAGUGCUUUUCUGGAUACUACUGUUGGUAGGAGAGUUGGUAAGACGGGGUUUGUGGAGCAGAGGACCUUCUGGAAUAUAUUUAGGAGCUUUGAUAGGUUGUGGGUGAUGUUGAUACUAUUCUUUCAGGCUGCUGUUAUUGUUGCUUGGCAAGGUACAGAUUUUCCAUGGCAGGCUUUGGAAAGGAGGGAUGUGCAAGUGCAGUUGCUUACGAUCUUCAUAACUUGGGCUGGUUUGAGGUUUAUUCAGUCGAUCCUUGAUGCUGGAACUCAGUAUAGUUUAGUUACCAGGGAUACAGUUUGGAUAGGUGUGAGGAUGGUCUUGAAAAGUGUAGUUGCUGUGACAUGGGCAGUUGUGUUUGGGGUGUUCUAUGCAAGAAUUUGGAUCCAGAAGAAUUCUGAUAGGAGGUGGUCAUACGAGGCUAAUCAAAGGAUCUUCACAUUUCUUAAGAUUGCUCUGGUGUUUAUCAUCCCAGAGUUGUUAGCUCUUGUUCUUUUCAUUCUCCCAUGGAUACGAAAUGUGAUUGAAAACACAGACUGGCCAAUAUUUUACUUACUAACAUGGUGGUUCCACACCAGGAUUUUUGUGGGUCGCGGACUCAGGGAAGGGCUUAUUAAUAACAUAAAGUACACAAUGUUUUGGAUUGCUGUAUUGGCGUCCAAAUUUGUCUUCAGUUAUUUCUUUCAAAUAAGGCCGCUGCUUGGUCCUACACGGGCUCUUUUGAAUUUGAAUAAUGUGAAGUACAAGUGGCAUGAGUUUUUUGGUAGCACAAAUGAGGUAGCAGCUGUUUUGUUGUGGAUUCCAAUUGUUCUUAUUUAUCUAGUUGACCUGCAGAUCUGGUACACUAUCUAUUCUUCUAUUGCAGGAGGAGCAGUUGGGUUGUUCUCACAUAUAGGUGAAAUUAGGAACAUUAAACAGCUCAGACUCAGAUUCCAGUUCUUUGCAAGCGCAUUGCAGUUCAGUCUGAUGCCCGAGAAUCAGCCUAUUGAUGCUAAGGACACCCUGGUUCACAAGCUUCGGAAUGCAAUACAUCGGAUUAAGUUAAGAUAUGGACUUGGACAGCCAUACAAGAAGAUUGAAUCAAGCCAGGUGGACGCAACUAGGUUUGCCUUAAUAUGGAAUGAGAUCAUCAUAACUAUGAGGGAGGAAGACCUCGUGAGUGAUCACGAGCUGGAGCUGAUGGAGUUGCCACCGAACUGUUGGGAUAUUAAGGUUAUUCGUUGGCCGUGUUUUCUCUUGUGCAACGAGUUGCUUCUUGCUCUCAGCCAUGCAAGUGAGCUGGCAGAUGCACCUGAUAGAUGGGUUUGGUUUAGGAUAUGCAAGAAUGAGUAUAGGAGGUGUGCAGUGAUUGAGGCUUAUGACAGCAUCAAAUACUUGCUACUAGAGAUCAUUAAACACAACACUGAAGAGCAUUCAAUAGUCACUGCACUUUUUAAUGAUAUUGAUGUUUGCAUUCAUUCUGAAAAGUUUACUAAAACCUACAAGAUGACCCUCUUGCCACACAUUCAUGAAAAGUUGGUAUCUCUUAUUGAGCUUUUGCUCAGGCCAGAGCCGGAUUUGCGUGAUAUGGUCAAUGUAUUACAGGCCUUGUAUGAGGUUUCAGUUCGGGAAUUUCCAAGGGUGAAGAAGAGAACAGAACAACUGAUGCAGGAAGGUCUUGCUCCUUCAAAUCCAGAUACCAAUCAGGGGCUUCUUUUUGAAAAUGCUAUUGAGUUUCCUGAUAUCCAAGAUGCUUUCUUCUUUAGGCAGCUGCGCCGUUUGCAGACAAUUCUUACUUCCAGAGAUUCAAUGCACAAUGUUCCAAAAAAUAAGGAAGCAAGACGGCGUAUUGCUUUCUUCAGUAACUCUCUUUUUAUGAAUAUGCCACGAGCUCCUCAGGUAGAGAAGAUGAUGGCCUUUAGCGUCUUGACCCCUUACUAUGACGAGGAAGUUCUGUUUGGCAAAGAAAGUCUUAGGAGUCCAAAUGAAGAUGGAGUAUCCACCAUAUUUUAUCUGCAGAAGAUUUAUGAUGAUGAGUGGGAGAAUUUCAUGGAACGGAUGCGUACAGAAGGAAUGAAGGAUGAGAAAGAGAUAUGGAACACUAAAGCAAGGGAGGUUCGUCUCUGGGCGUCGUACAGGGGGCAGACUCUGUCCCGUACUGUAAGAGGCAUGAUGUACUAUUACAAGGCUCUCAAGAUGCUUUCCUUCCUUGAUUCUGCUUCAGAGGUUGAUAUAAGGCAUGGCUCACAAAGUAUUGUUUCACUUGGUAGGGAUGGCUCUGGCAUGUUACAAACUUCUCGAAAACUUCACAGAUCGAGUAGCAGUGUCACCCUUCUUUUCAAAGGACACGAGUUUGGUGCUGCUCUAAUGAAAUUCACUUACGUGGUGACAUGCCAGGUGUAUGGUUAUCAGAAGAAGAAGCGUGAUCCACGUGCUGAGGAGAUCCUAAAUUUGAUGAAGGAUAAUGAGGCUCUCCGAAUUGCUUAUGUAGAUGAGGUCUACUUGGGAAGAAAUGAAGUAGAAUACUUUUCUGUUCUAGUGAAGUAUGAUCAACAGCUGAAGCAAGAAGUGGAAAUUUAUCGCAUAAAGUUGCCUGGUCCUCUGAAACUUGGGGAGGGUAAGCCGGAGAAUCAGAACCAUGCCAUUAUCUUCACCAGAGGUGAUGCAGUUCAGACUAUAGACAUGAAUCAAGACAAUUACUUUGAAGAGGCACUUAAGAUGCGGAAUCUAUUGGAGGAAUUCAAGGAGAAUUAUGGUAUAAGGAAGCCCACCAUUCUGGGAGUUCGUGAAAAUAUCUUUACUGGUUCUGUGUCAUCUCUUGCUUGGUUCAUGUCUGCUCAGGAGACAAGUUUUGUGACUCUGGGGCAACGCGUUCUUGCCGAUCCUCUCAAGGUACGGAUGCACUAUGGUCAUCCAGAUGUCUUUGAUAGGUUUUGGUUCUUGUCCAGAGGUGGCAUCAGCAAGGCUUCCAAGGUGAUUAAUAUAAGUGAGGAUAUAUUUGCUGGAUUCAAUUGUACCUUGCGAGGUGGCAAUGUUACCCACCAUGAAUACAUACAAGUGGGUAAGGGAAGGGAUGUUGGAUUGAAUCAGAUCGCCAUGUUUGAGGCUAAGGUUGCUAGUGGUAAUGGUGAACAAGUUUUGAGCAGAGAUGUGUACAGGUUGGGUCAUAGACUAGACUUCUUUCGCAUGCUUUCAUUCUUCUACACAACUGUUGGCUUCUUCUUCAACAACAUGAUAGUGGUGGUAAUGGUCUAUAUGUUUUUGUGGGGGCGCCUUUAUCUUGCACUCAGUGGUGUUGAGGAGUACGCCAGCAAAAAUGCCACCAGCAACAAAGCACUUGGUUCAAUUUUGAAUCAGCAGUUUGUUAUCCAGCUUGGUGUGUUCACUGCCCUCCCUAUGAUUGUCGAGAACUCUUUGGAACAUGGUUUCCUUCCGGCAGUCUGGGAUUUUAUAACUAUGCAACUGCAGCUUGCCUCACUAUUUUUCACAUACUCAAUGGGAACCCGUGCACAUUUCUUUGGAAGGACCAUUCUGCAUGGCGGAGCAAAGUAUCGAGCAACUGGACGUGGUUUUGUUGUGCAGCGCAAGAGCUUUGGUGAGAACUAUCGACUGUAUGCUCGCAGCCACUUUGUCAAAGCAAUCGAACUUGGAGUGAUUCUGGUUGUUUAUGCUUCACAUAGCCCCUUGACUAAGGAUACCUUUGUGUAUAUAGCUAUGACUAUAUCAAGUUGGUUCCUUGUUGUGUCAUGGAUAACAUCUCCCUUUGUGUUCAAUCCUUCUGGGUUUGACUGGUUAAAAACUGUGUAUGACUUUGAUGAUUUCAUGCAUUGGAUUUGGUACAAUCGAGGAGUUUUUGUAAGAGCAGAUCAAAGUUGGGAGACAUGGUGGUAUGAAGAACAGGACCACUUGAGAACUACUGGUCUCUGGGGAAAAUUGCUUGAGAUUAUUUUAGAUCUUCGUUUCUUCUUCUUUCAAUAUGGAAUUGUGUAUCAAUUGCGCAUUGCUGGUGGUAAAACCAGUAUUGGUGUUUACUUGCUGUCUUGGAUUAUUAUGGUCGCCGCUGUGGCAAUUUACAUUGUCAUUGCAUAUGCAAAGGAUAAAUAUGCCAUGAAGAGGCACAUAUAUUAUCGCCUGGUGCAGUUGCUUGUCAUUCUGGUCACGGUAUUGGUGAUUAUUAUAUUGUUGAGGUUCACCCUGUUUACGCUGUUUGACUUGAUCACAAGUUUGUUGGCAUUUAUUCCAACUGGAUGGGGCAUAAUCCAAAUUGCCCUAGUGCUCCGGCCCUUUUUGCAGUCCACUUUGGUUUGGAGCACUGUUGUGUCAUUGGCUCGGUUAUAUGACAUGAUGCUUGGGUUAAUUGUUAUGGCUCCUUUGGCAUUUCUAUCAUGGAUGCCUGGUUUUCAAUCCAUGCAGACAAGGAUAUUAUUUAAUGAAGCUUUCAGCAGGGGCCUUCAGAUUUCUCGUAUCCUCACAGGCAAAACUUCAUAAUGUGAGGUUUGCACCAGUUUAACUAAGCGGAUGUGGAGCAGUUGGGGCUUUUCUUCUUAGUUUUAGUCUUAGUAUGGAUAGUAGGUUCAGGAGUCAUGGUUAGAUGAUACCACGAUUCCAAUUUUGUAGUAAUGUACAUAUGGCCGCAUGUAAAUGGCAUAGUUGCUUCUGAUAAUAAC